AUGGCUGAAGAAGGCACCGCCAUUCCUCUGGUGAUGCCGAUAACACCAUACGAUGACCUUCAUGUUGAUUUCAAUCCUGAAAGCCAAAUCAUCACCGAGAUGAUGACCAGCGAUGAAAUCUCCUCAGCAAUUACCGUUGACAAGAUAGUCACCCUUACCUGCACCUUGGCUGCAACCUCUUCCGGAAGCGAUUUAGAUCAACAUGCUUUGAAUGUCUCGCACACACUUCUUGCUAUUGCAAUGCGCGUACCGCAUGAUAAACAGUCCAAACUGGUUGACUUUUGUUUCCGCCUCCGCCUGCAUACUACCCCUGAUCCCAUUAAUGGUGGCGCUUUGUCGUCUUUGGGACAGGAUGAAGAUUUAUGGUCAAAAUGGCCUCACUUGGAACACGUCGUGAAGGAGUACGAGUGGUCAACCUCUGUUUAUGAAAGCGAACUAAGCGACAAUCAGAUAUACCAAAAUUACACGGCCUGGCGUGCUCAACUAUACGAAUUAGGGUUCUUCAUCCGGGCGGAGGAAGCAGACUACACUUAUAUUCAUUUAACGUGGGUAUUGGGUAGAAACUAUGACCAUUUAAAAAGGAGACAAAGCGUACGGUUGAUGUGUAUGUGGUUUAUUUAUGCCCCCAACAAGAUUUGCCUCGAUGUUCCGUUCCUCCAAGGGAGUCCGCUCCUGAGCCAACUAUUCGGAGGCCAUUUCUGGCAAAGUUGGAGAGACUUUUUCAAGGGCUGCCAAGAACUACAAGGUCUCGGAUCACAAGAUCUCUUGGAUGAAGACACGCAGGAGCUGAUUAGGCGAGCGCUGGAAAAUAUGGAGGAGGUUGAGGCCGAACACGCGAUCAGCUCAGGUGAGCUGUCCAUCACACAGAGAGCAACUGAUUAA